AUGUUUGCCAAUGGCUAUUUGAAUUCAACAUUGCCAUCUGUACCAGAGUUCGAUGAUUUGCCAUCUUGUGCAGGUUUGCCGCAAGGUUGCGCAUGGGGGGUUUUUGAGAAGUCUGAGGUGAAAGACAUAUAUGGCACUUUGAAUUUUCUUACACAAGAUGUUAUACUCAGUGCAAAACAAGAGAUUACGGAAGGCAUCUCCAUUUCUUUAAACUGGAAUUUAGACGGAAUCAAGGCCCCACUUCCAUACCGAAAAGAUAUGGGUAAUACAUUCAUAAGUUUGAAAGACGCUGGUCUUUGUUCAUUCGGUUGGGAUCAGGAAAUUAGCUUCAAUACUCAGAUUAGCAGUCACUGGGACAGCUAUUGUCAUUACCCACAUCAGGGAACUGGUAUCGCAUACAAUGGCGUUUCAUGUACACGGGAACAACUUGAGGGUACUGUAACGAAUUCUACAAGACUUCCGACUCUCGACCAGUGGCAAUUUAGGGGGGGGGUUGUUGGCCGUGGAGUUCUGCUUGACUACGCCAGAUACGUGGAGUCCAAAGGUAUUCAAAUAUCCCCGUUCAAAUACCACAGUAUCACAGCACAGGUACUUGAAGAAGUUGCAAACUUCCAAGGUACAGAAUUUCGUGCUGGAGAUAUACUUGUUGUAAGGACCGGAUAUAUCGGUGCGCUCUCCAAACAGAACGCAACGGAACAAAUUAAUGCCGUAAUGAGUAUGGAAUAUAUAGGACUAGAACCGAGUCGCAAUAUGGCUCGUUGGAUCUGGAAUCAUCAAUUUGCUGCAGUUGCUGCUGACAACCCAGCUGUAGAGGCGCUGGGUGCAAAUAGUACUUCCACACUCCAUCACUGGUUCUUAACUAUGUUUGGAAUGCCUAUUGGAGAGUUGUGGGAUCUCGACAAGCUGUCGGAACAUUGCCAUAAAUCCGGAAAAUAUUCCUUCUUCCUAACUUCAAUUCCUCUCAAUGUUCCAAGCAUGAUUGCUGGUCCUCCAAACGCAUUAGCUAUACUGUGA